AACAGCUGUGUAUCCUACAGUGUGGACUCAACUUCCGCAUUACCAACACCGGUCUACUUGUCAUGUUUACAAUUUUAUUUUAUCGUCCGUAUUUGUGUGUGCACUAUGUGUUUGUGUACGUGUAUGUGUAGGCUAUAAAACUGUUAAUCCUGACGACCUUCAUGUGAAGUAACCAUCCUUGUACACACCUGAUGAUGACCUCUUACCAGGUCGAAACUAGUUGUGGAAUACAACAAUUGAAUUGCCAGAAUCAGAACUCAUGAAGAUUGUUCCAAGUGAAUUAUUAACUUUUUCAUCAAGUCUUCCAUUAUAAAACACAAUAUGGGGUGAUCAUUUGGAGCAAAACAGCUGACUCUACAAGGAUGUUUUGACAAGACAUAGAUUUUCCAACAGCCGCAAUAAUAAGAUUAACCUGACAACAUGUGGCUAAAGAUGGACAAAGAGCUUGUUUGUAUUCUUGGGCUGAGUUUAAGUUUCUUCUUCUUGUUUGCUGCCGACUUCACAAUGGUCAACAUGCAGAAAACAGUUACAUCAAGCAUAGCCAGUGAAAAAGCGGACUUCAGAAUAGAUGGGUACGUGAUGAUAGGAAUCACUUACACCGUUUUUGCUGCAACACUCUGGUUUGGCUCAUAUGUAACUCAUGCCCUUGGUCCAAAAAUCACAAUGGCAAUUGCUGCUGUAUUGUACCUUAUUUACAUCGCCUCUUACCUUUCUGAAUGCUCAUGGGUUAUCUACAUAGCCUCUGUGUCAGUGGGUAUAGGCGCUGGAAUACUCUGGCCUGCAGAGGGACAAUAUAUGAUUGGAAACUCUUCCAGCAAAAACACGGCAAGAAACGUUGGCAUUUUCUGGCUUAUCUACAGCAGUUCGAGCAUGAUGGGGAACACAUUUGUUUAUUUUACCUUCCAUGAUAAAAAGCACAUUGAUCAAGUGACAAGAAGAACUGCCAUUUCUAUUUUAACAGUUAUCAAUAUCAUAGCUAUUGUUGCAUUCUGCCUGUUGCCAAAGCCGUUGUAUGAACUCAAAUCGAAUGACUACGGUCCUUUCAAGACAAUGAAGCAGAGUUGGAAAAUAUUGACGUCCUCCAGAAUGAUAUGGCUUGUAAUUACUUUCUGUUACACAGGUUUACAACAGUCUUUCUGGAAUGGAAUCUACAGUCCAAGUAUUGGCUUUACUUUGGCCUUUGGAAAUUCAUCCAAAGAAUUGGUUGCGCUUAGUGGAAUCUUUAUGAGCAUUGGUGCUGUAUUGGGUGGACUGUGUCAGAUUCUGCUGUCGGAUAGAUUGGCUAAGUAUUCUUGGGCUCGGAGGAUGGUUGUGUUGUUUGGAGCGUUGGCUCAAGGAGUGACAUAUCUCAUAACCUUCCUCAACCUCCCAGACAUGGCUGUGUUUGGUGACACGGAAGACGUCAGCAUUAUUAACCCUCCAAGUGCUGCUCUUGCCUUACUGGGCAGUUUCCUGAUCAACUUCGGAGAUGCUUGUAUAUCCACCCAGAUUUACACUUUUAUCGGAGACCAUUACAGAGACAACAUAGCUGAGUCCGUAGCUCUGUAUAAGUUUGUCAAGAGUGUAUUGGUAGCAGCAAGUUUCUACUGGUGCAGUCAUGUUGGUCUACACACUCAAGUCGCGGUGACUGCUACAGUCGCUGUGUUCGGAGUUCUGGCGUUCUUUGUGGCAGACAGAGAUGCUUCACAGCCGCUUGUUCAAUUGGAAGUGAAAAAUGUGUCAAAUAUGACAAAUGUCAAUUCUAGUCCUGAGGCAAUAAAUAAAAAAUGUGAUAGUUAAGGUUUUUACAUUUUUCUCUAAUUAUCUAUAUACUCACUCACUGAUCAGGUACGGUAUACAAAUGUUUGCCUACUUCUAGAAUAGCUACGAGGUUGAAACUUGGCACGAUUUUAGGUAUCGGUCUAAAACCACCA